CAGCGCUGCCGCCAUGCCGCGAAGGGGCAGAUUAUGCCCGCGGAGCCCGUCCCUUCCCACAUUACUCCGGCCGCUCGAAGGCCUGGCUCCGCGCCGGCUCCCCGCUACUUCGAGUCGCAAAAGCCCAACUCCUGUGGGACCCCCGUCCCAUUCCCUGUCCGGCCUCCGGAAGCAGCGCUCUGCCCCCUCUCGGCGACCUCACUUCCUGCCACCGCUUCCGCCUCCGGGCCGUGCCGGCUGCUGUUACCGCUGCCGCCGCCGCUGCCACCGCCGCUGUUCUGCUCCUGCUGCUGCUCGGAGGGCGCCCGCCGGGCGGACAGAACAUCGCAGUUGUACCAGUUUGGGAGCAAAAUAUGGAAUGUGUUUCACUGCUGACCGACGGCAGCCAAAUGAACAGUAUUUAUAGUAGUUUGAAAAUCAGCAGUUAGCAGUUUCUUCACAUUCUAACACUACCCAGCACUUUCCAGAGAGAACUCAUUGUUUACGAGAAAUCUGCUUUCCAAAUCCGUGUCGGUGCCCUCCAGCCUUGACUAUUAACUAUUUGCAAAGGGGAAGCUAAUCUACAGUUUGGGGAAAAAUGGCGAUGGAUGAGUACCUGUGGAUGGUCAUUGUAGGGUUUAUCAUUGCUUUUAUUUUAGCCUUUUCGGUUGGUGCAAAUGAUGUUGCCAAUUCUUUUGGAACGGCUGUGGGCUCUGGUGUUGUUACUUUACGCCAGGCUUGCAUUUUGGCUUCGGUUUUUGAAACCACUGGUUCAGUGUUACUGGGAGCAAAAGUAGGAGAAACAAUUCGGAAAGGUAUCAUAGAUGUUAACCUGUACAACAACACCGUCCCACGGCUGAUGGCAGGAGAAGUGAGUGCAAUGGUUGGUUCUGCUGUUUGGCAGCUGAUUGCAUCAUUCCUGAAACUCCCGAUAUCGGGGACCCAUUGUAUCGUAGGUGCUACGAUUGGAUUUUCUCUUGUUGCAAUUGGCACGCAGGGAGUCCAAUGGAUGCAGCUUGUCAAGAUUGUUGCCUCUUGGUUUAUUUCCCCGCUGUUAUCUGGCUUGAUGUCUGGAGUCCUCUUCGUGCUGAUUAGAUUCUUCAUUUUAAACAAGGAAGACCCUGUGCCAAAUGGUCUCCGCGCACUUCCAGUGUUUUAUGCUGCUACCAUAGCUAUUAAUGUGUUUUCCAUCAUGUACACGGGGGCACCAGUGCUGGGAUUGAUAUUGCCAAUGUGGGCCAUUGCUCUAAUAUCAGUUGGUGUAUCGUUAGUAUUUGCUGUCUUAGUCUGGAUUUUUGUGUGCCCCUGGAUGAAGAGAAAAAUAGAAAGCCGGUUAAAGAAAGAUGCUGCACUGUCAAGGAUAUCAGAUGAAAGUCUUGAUAAAAUUCAAGAUGAAGAAACACCAGUCUUUAAAGAGCUUCCUGGUGCCAAAGCAUCUGAUGAGAGCACAGUUCCUCUUACUGGCUCAGUAACAGAAGCUGCUGGGGCAUCAGAUACUAUUGCAAAUGGAAACCAUCCACGUGUACCAUAUGGAAGGGCAUUUUCAAUGACGCACACCUCGGUGAAAUCACCUGUUUCCAAUGGCACCUUCAGCUUUGAUGGCCAGGUGAGGAGCGAUGGCCAUGUUUAUCACACUGUGCACAAGGACUCAGGUUUAUACAAAGACUUGCUCCACAAAAUACACCUGGACAGGGCCACUGACGAGAGGCCUGCUCAAGAAAACAACUACAAACUGUUACGCCGCAACAACAGUUACACGUGUUACACAGCUGCUAUCUGUGGCAUGCCUGUGCAUUCCUCCUUUAAGGCAGCGGAUACGUCAACUCCGGAGGACAGUGAGAAGUUAGUGGGAGACACUGUUUCCUACUCCAAGAAGCGAGUCCGAUAUGACAGCUACUCCAGCUAUUGCAACGCAGUGGCCGAGGCAGAGAUUGAGGCAGAGGAAGGUGGGGUGGAAAUGAAGUUGGCCUCUGAACUUGCAGAUCCGAACCGGCCCCCAGUUGAACCUGUGGAAGAGGAUAAGGAAGAGAAAGACACGUCUCAGGUCCAUCUACUUUUCCACUUCCUCCAAAUCUUAACAGCCUGCUUUGGAUCCUUUGCCCAUGGAGGUAAUGAUGUCAGCAAUGCAAUCGGUCCCCUUGUUGCGCUCUGGCUUAUCUAUGAGCAAGGUGGUGUAAUGCAAGAAGCGUCGACUCCCAUCUGGCUGCUGUUUUAUGGAGGUGUUGGGAUCUGUGUGGGUCUCUGGGUCUGGGGUAGAAGAGUUAUCCAGACCAUGGGUAAAGACCUCACUCCAAUCACACCAUCAAGUGGAUUUUGCAUUGAAGUAAUGUGUGCGCUAACGGUACUUGUAGCCUCAAAUGUGGGUAUUCCAAUAAGCUCCACCCAUUGCAAGGUAUUGGAGUUUGCAGUGAUCACAUCAGUAAAUCACAUCACUAGGACAAACCAUAACAAAAUACAAGAGAUACCAAUUGUUGCAGGCUGCCUUCACUAUGCAAUGUGCUGUGCAGACAGCAAUGGCAAAGUAACAAUGACAACUUUUAAAGCUGGUACAGACAGCUAAGCAAAGUCAGCAUUAGAAGUAAUUGCACAAAAGUCUGGAACAUCUUUCACCCUUUCAUAAUUGUAUCGAACUAAUAUAGACAUAUUAAAAUGACGUAGACUUGUAGUUUGUGUGUCCCAGUUAUGUGUAUUUUAGAGCUACCUGUAUGAAAAAGCAACCCACUGCUACAUCAUUAAGCUAACAUUUUAAUGUCUCUCUUCUUUUAAACCAAUCUGUCCUCACUUUUGUGCAUUCUAAGACAGAAUAUAGCCCUUGUAAUUAGUUCUUUGAACAAGGUUCUUGGCUUUAAAAAGAAAACAAAACCAAACCACUGACAGGUUCAAAGUAUAGGUAUAAGCUGGGUAAUGAACAGAAUUUAAUGGUGUCGUAUGAUACGCUGUGUGAAAAGUCAUUUAUAGUGCUUGUAGGCAACAGGGAGCAUGUGGACAUUUACACUGCUGGAAGAACAUAGUGGGAAUUUGGAAUUUUGUUCCCCGGGAAAUUCCCAUGUCAAAUUCCAUCUUUCUUUCCUUUGCUUCCCCAUGGACUCCCAAGCUCUUGGAAGCACAGAGCUGUCUGUACCCCACACCCGCUGGCGGGUGAGCAGAAGGCCCUCUGAAAUCAGAGACCCGAGGGUGGCAAAGCCCCUCUGCUUUGGCACAUACCACCGAGCCCUACCAGAGCCAGAUCCUGCAAGAUUCGCUGCUGCACCCUGGGGACCGUGGAGCCCUUCCAGCUCUGGCUGGGGCUGGGGCAGGAAGGUUUUGGGGGCUAACUGCUCCAUGGCACGGCAUGCGGGCUGGCAAGAAGUCAGGCAUCCUUGCCUGUGACAUUGACCUGGUUUCCAGUGAAAGAGUCAAUGAAAUCCACACAUCCUGCAAAACGUCCCAAGUUGGUUCAAUUGGCCUUUUUCUAGUGAAAACAAUUUCUUCAGAAAGCUUUCCUCUAUUGCAAAAUCAUUUCUUUCUUCUGCUGUAGAGCUCUUUGAGAAGCAGCCAAGACUGAGCUGCUCUGAAAGGCUGUUCAGAUUUCCUGGCAUUGGCCGAACUCUGGUUCCACUGAAUCGAGUAGGGAGGGGAAAAAUAAUAACAAUGUGAUCCACUUCUAAAAAUGCUAGCCUGAAACCAGCUCCCUUUAAGCUGACUGGUAUAUCAAAUGCAUGAAGAAGAAUUUGCCAGGGAGAAUAAUACAGCUUUGAUUAUCCCAGUUGUGUGCCUGAAGCACUUCUAGCCAACCGCUGUAAAAGAGAAAAUACACUUUGGUGCAGACAAAUACACUGAAGUCAAAAAGAAAAUGUCUUGGAAGCCAUAAGCUAACGAGAGUCUGGCAUUAGGAGGCAUUCACUGAUUCACUACAGUUAAAAGCUUGGUCUUUUCUAACUGUGGAACAAAAUAAUUCUCUUUAAAAAAUACUUCCAUAAAAGCAGGUAAUGUGGUUAGUCUGUGUCUGCUCCCUGUAGUUUACUCUAUCUCAUUAGAUGGAUCAUUCAUAAUGGGAAGAACUACUUUGGAAUAGGAUUAGGCUGUUCCAGAAUGUCACAUUAUUAUAACUGACUCUGUAUGUCACCAAAAUAAGAUCCUGAGUUGAAAGAUCCAAAGUGAUGAACACAAGAGAAAAAGCAAACACCUGUAACAGAUGUAUUCCUUGUUUUCUUGAGGGGCCCCAUGAAGGAAGAAAAGAACUAUUCAAUAACACUAGUCAAUGGAACAUGUAGCAAUUAGAUAAACCAGUGGCAAAGAAGUGUGAAACACCUUACGUGGAGAGAGACCUGUUCAAGGUGAAACAAUAGACUAUAAUGAAAAUGACCAGUUUGACCAUGUAUGAAGGAAAGCUCUAAGCAGCAGCUUUCAGGUCUCGGAGCAGAUUUGGUGGCAAACAGCAAGUUGGUAGCAGGAAGAAAAGCAUUAGCUUCCGAGACAGUUUCGUCAAGUCUUCUCAUAUCAGGAGUUGCAUUCGGUCCUAAAUUCAGAGGCUUUGCUCUACAUUAGGUAGUCACUGCCUGCUGUGCCUGUUCUAAAUCUACAGCCCCGCAGCUCUUCCAUGCUCCAUGCUGCUGAGAGCCUGAACUGCACCUUUAUCCUUGCCACUAGUCAAAGAGGAAAGUCCCUCUGAAACUGUCCAAGUCCAGAAGGCCUGAGGGAAAGACCUAACCUUUUGAGCCUCUAAAGGAAUUUGUGAAUCUUAACACAGUAGCCACAUUGCUUUGCCUGCAACCCUUCAACUUCCCUUAGGAUUUAGCACUAAAAAGCCAGUGUGGUGUGAGUGCAUACCUUGCCUUUCUGCUGCUAGUUAGGCAAAUAAUAAUAAUGCAUCUUACACAUAGAAGCUGUUAUUUAUUCUAAGGUGAAUGAGACGUGGAAACAAACAGGCAUUUCUCAGCUAUAACAGAUGGAAUGUGUUCACAUAUGGAGAAGAUUAGAGUGCAGGAGUUAAAUGCUUUUUCUGUGCAAAAGUGACUUUGCUGAGGUCAUACUGUCAGCUCUGAUUUGCUAUUAAGAUUUUGUGGUUUUGAAAAAUAUUCUCUGUGUUGCUAUGAUGGAAUUAUCAUGUUCUGUGUAUUGUCAUGACAUGCCAUUGCACAGGAACAAGAGGGCCAGAAGCAUUUCUAUAAUGCUUUAAGCAGAGCAUACUGAAGGCAAACUGCACUGGUUUCAAACCAAUCUCGAAGUAGCUGUCAUCUGAAAUUCUGCGGAUGGUGUAGUGUCCCUACACCCGAGUUUUAGCAACUCUCCUAACCUCUAGUUCAUCAAAAUCACUAUUAAUAAACUAAACUCUAAUAAUGUGUAAAACAGAUUACCAAUGCCAUCACUGCUGAUACCUUUUAAAUUUCAGUAAGGACUCAGAGAGUAUCUUAUGUAGACCGCACGCUUGCUCAAUGAGCAAUGCUUCUUGUUGCAAGCAUGACAGAUGGAUGCUAAGGACAUACCAAAUGUAAAACACAGCCUAACAUCUGAGCUGCUGAAAAACCAAACGCUCUUUCCUCAGUUUAACUCUUUGGUAGAGUCAGAAGUGUGAGGUUCCUCUUAGCUGGGCACCCCUAAAUACACUUACACCUCCUAAAUACAGAACAGCAUACUCUCCACUCAGGGGGUAUUCAGAUUAAAUAUUAUCUAACAGAUAUCCCUAUUGGAUCAAGCCUUAUACUGAGGCCUUUUCAGUCCUAGAAUAUCAAGUUUAGUUUUCCCUUCCACAGGUAACUCUUUUCUCCAAAAAUAAAUGUUAAGUGGUAGUUAGAAGUUAAGUAGGCUGUAACAAAAGAUGUGGAUCUGAUGCCACCAUUCUAGCUCUCCCUGCUUCCCUGAUCUCCCAGCAUUUAUCGCUUUCCUGGCUCUGCAUGUGGGGAUCAGCCGUCUUCUAAUCUAUAGGCAGGGACUGAUAUUCCCGUAAGAAAACAAGCAGGGAAGAGGAGGCAGGGAUGGCAUUUCAGGGAGCACAACCCGAGCUGUGUCUUGGAGUUUCCUUCGAAACAGGGUAUUCCUUCC